CGGGGCGUCCCAGCCAGGACACUGCCCAGGGCGCACAGAGGGCUGUCCGGCUCAGGGACUCUCUCGCCUUGUGGAAGGAGACCCAGCAGGCACCAUGCCCCAGAACGUGGUCCUCCCGGGCCCUGCGCCCUGGGGCUUCCGACUCUCAGGGGGCAUCGACUUCAACCAGCCUCUGAUCAUCACCAGGAUUACUCCGGGGAGCAAGGCAGCAGCUGCCAACCUGUGUCCUGGAGAUGUCAUCCUGGCUAUCGACGGCUUCGGUACAGAGUCCAUGACUCACGCUGAUGCACAGGACAGGAUUAAAGCGGCAGCGCACCAGCUGUGUCUCAAAAUUGACAGGGCGGAAACUCGCUUAUGGUCUCCACAGGUAUCUGAAGAUGGAAAGGCUCAUCCUUUCAAAAUCAACUUAGAAUCAGAACCACAGGAGUUCAAAGCCAUUGGUACCUCGCACAACAGAAGGGCCCAGCCUUUUGUUGCAGCAGCAAACAUUGAUGACAAAAGACAGGUAGUGAGCGCUUCCUAUAACUCACCCAUUGGGCUCUAUUCAACUAGCAAUAUACAAGAUGCGCUCCACGGACAGCUGCGGGGUCUUAUUCCUAGUUCACCUCAAAAUGGAUGCAGCACUCCGUCUGGUAUUGAUGGUAGCAGCGGACGUAGCACCCCCUCUUCCAUCAGCACUGUUAGUACCAUUUGCCCAGGUGACUUGAAAGUGGCUGCUAAGAUGGCCCCUAACAUUCCUUUGGAAAUGGAACUGCCCGGUGUGAAGAUUGUACAUGCUCAGUUUAACACUCCUAUGCAGUUGUACUCAGAUGACAAUAUUAUGGAAACACUGCAGGGUCAGGUUUCCACAGCGCUAGGGGAAGCACCCUCCAUGAGUGAGCCCACGGCCCCGGUGCCCCCGCAGUCGGACGUGUACCGGAUGCUCCACAACAGUCAGGAUGAGCCUUCCCGGCCCCGCCAGUCGGGCUCCUUCCGGGUGCUCCAGGAGCUGGUGAACGACGAUGACCGUCCCUCCGGCACUCGGAGUGUGAGAGCUCCGGUUACGAAAGCCCACGGCGGCGGGGGCAGCGCACAGAGGAUGCCGCUCUGCGACAAGUGCGGGAGUGGCAUUGUUGGGGCCGUGGUGAAGGCGCGGGACAAGUACCGGCACCCCGAGUGCUUCGUGUGUGCCGACUGCAACCUCAACCUCAAACAGAAGGGCUACUUCUUCGUGGAGGGCGAGCUGUACUGCGAAACCCACGCCCGAGCGCGCACGAGGCCCCCCGAGGGCUACGACACGGUCACGCUGUAUCCCAAGGCCUAAGCACCCCGCGGGCCGAGCAGCACGCGCACGCAGUUACACGGGACGACGGUCAUGACUUUGGGCAGAUGUCCAGCAAACUGCUGGGCCCAAAACUAAAACCCCGGCUUCAGAUGCUUAUGUUACAGCGUGCGGAGGAGGGGGAGGGAGGCCCGCGCCGGCUGCAGCGCAGACCUGCCCGCCGC